UUUAUAGGCCUAAAGUUAAGGUGCCACCAAAGACAAGAGCUACUACAACAGCAUCAUGUAGCAGAGACAAGAGAGAGAGAGAGAGAGGCAUCAUCAAAUUUCAUUGAAUUAAUUUUUCUCUCUCUCUCUACACACAGGCCAACAACAACAACACCAAAAUCCAAUGAGAGAAGAAACAUGGAAACUCCACACGAGUCCACACCACACCGCACUCGUCAAUGGCCCAGGUGGACCAAAUUUUAUGUACAAGAAAAUCAAAUUUGCCAAAACAAAAAAGGAAAGAAGGAAAGAAUGGGAAACAACACAAAAAGAAAAGGAGAAGUUAGAUAGAUAGAGAUAUAGGUGAGUGUGAGUGUGGUGGCUUCAAAUGUCCUCCAACUAUACCCACCUUGCAAUUCCCUGAAUUACCCUUCUGCAAGACCCCAAAAAGUUUCCAUCUUCAUCACUGUCUCUCCCAAUAUUUUUCACCAAGUUUUGUGGGUGGCCUUCUUUGUCUUGGUCAGAGUUUCACAGAGAAAACAGGAAAACCAGAACCUUCUCUCACCUCUUCUCUCUCUCUCUCUCUCUCUAUUUCUUUCCCAUCUACCCCUUCAUCUUCAUCUUUAUUCAUUCCUUCCUCUCUUUCUUCUUCUUCUGUCUCUCCCUCUCUCCCUUUUCCUCCUUUGCCUUAUCAUACACACCUUCUUCUCUAUCUCCUUUGUGUCCUUAGUUGUUGUUGUUGGGAUUUUGCUUGAGGGUUUCUCUGUGAUCUGAUGAAGAAGAUGAAAGGGGUUGUUGUCUCUGUGGACUCUCCUGUUUAUGAGGAUCAGAGGACUAGGUUGAGGCAUCAGAGUCUGUUGCAGGAUUAUGAAGACCUUCUAGAGGACACAAACUCCAUGAGGAUGAAAUUGCAGGCUGCCAAGCAGAAAAGGUUGACACUGUCAGCAGAAGUUAGUUUCUUGAGGAAGCGUUACAAAUACUUGCUUAAAAAUCCAUCUCCAAAGCUGCAACCAAAGCAAGACAUUUCACAGCCGCGAAAGCUCAAAAUCCAAGCUAACCUUAUUCCAAAGGGCCAGAAGUACAAUAGAAAGGAAUCUAUGCAGCCCCCAGUUGCUCCUCAUUGGAAUUCAAAUGGAAGGAUUUCCAAUGGUGCUGAGAUCAACACAUUGCAGAAAAAGGCUCCUAUGUUUGAUUUGAACCAGAAUGCUAGGAGUCUCAGUAGAAAAGAUCCUUCUUUUCUCAGUUCUGCUCCGCCACUCGACUUGAAUCACAAAGAUAUGAGUCACAGUAUGAAAGAACCAGCAAAGAAGAGCAUAACACCAUUUUUUGACUUGAACCAGAUUGCGAGAGAAGAGGAGGAAUUACUGGUUACUGAGCCCGUUAGGAUUGAAGAACCGAAGAGAAUUACACAAAGAGAUGCGAGUGAAGAGCAGCUCAAUGACAUCAUGUUGUCAGUUUGUAGAAACGAUGGGAGCGGAUCAAGUAGGACAUCAGUAAAGAGGAAGAUCUCAUGGCAAGAUCAGGUGGCUUUGAGGGUUUGAAGAACUAGUACAGUAGGCGAAUUUCCAGCUCUUUUGGAAUGUGUAAUGUGCCUUGAUGAUAUGUAGCAGGUUUUUACAUUGACUAAAACAUUCUAGCUUUAUUUUUCUCUUGUAAAGAUAAAAUAGAGAAUUAUAUGUCAAUAUAUAUAGAUGAAAUGGGGAAUAUGUUACCAGAAA